UUCACGAUUUUACUAUUUUAUCUACAUUCAUUUCACUGAAAUUUUUUUUUUCUUUUUCGUGCUCAUUAAAGAGGUCUCUGACCGAAAUAUAUCCACAUAGUUCUGGUCUGGUUCAUAUGUCCGACUGAGGCUGGAGUUAAUACUAGUCUAGCAGAACCCAGCUGAUGUGGAUUCGGAAGGCACCACCGGGUUCCUGGCCCGCAGCUUAAACAAUCUCUCUGUGUUAGCAGUUAGCAAGUGGUUCUGGUUUGGUUGUUAAAACGACAGGAACCGCAGUUUAAACAACAUAUUUAUGAAAGCAGUCCACAGGAAUCACUAGUUCGGGCGGUACCAAUCCAAUUGGCAAUGUAAACACCGUCUUUGUGUUAGCAGCUAGCAGCUAGCCGCAGCUACUCACUUGGAAGACCAGCCUCUCCACUUCACCAGAUACUCGAACUUUCCCUGCAGAGACACACACAAGGGCAGUAAUGAGCCAGAUGGGCGGAACUGUGUCUGCGGAAUCUUUCUUCUUGCGGUAGGAGGCAAUUUUGUGUUGCACUGCUGAAUGUUUGAUAACCGUCUGUUUACUGCUGAGCUGCUCUUCAUAGCUGAGCCCCUCAGGUGAGAUGUUGCUGCCUCUUCUGCUGCGUCCGUCCCUCUCGCCCCGGUUGACGGGAUGCGUCCGGGCGCUUCACGGCAGCUCUCAGAGGACCCUGCUCUCCCAGGGUGAACACUUGCUUCGACGGCGGCCUGCGUCUCGCCUGCCGACGAGGAACCACAGUAGAAAAUCGAGGGGUCAGGAGGAGGAGUGGAGAACCAGGAACAAGACAGUGCUGACAUACAUUGCUGCUGCCGGGGUGGGAAUGAUCGGGCUGUCCUAUGCUUCUGUACCUAUGUACCGCCUCUACUGCCAGGCGACGGGGCUAGGCGGCGCGGCUGUUGCCGGACACGACACAGAUCAGGUGGAGACGAUGAAACCGGUGAAGGAACGCAUCAUUAAGGUGACAUUCAACGCCGACACGCACGCCAGCAUCCAGUGGAACUUCAGACCUCAGCAGACUGAGAUCUACGUGGUUCCGGGCGAAACGGCGCUGGCCUUCUACAGAGCCAAGAACCCGACAGACAAACCCAUCAUCGGCAUUUCCACCUACAACGUGGUGCCCUUUGAUGCGGGACAGUACUUCAACAAAAUCCAGUGUUUCUGCUUCGAGGAGCAGCGUCUCAAUCCUCACGAGGAGGUCGACAUGCCGGUCUUCUUCUACAUCGACCCGGAGUUCGACGACGACCCGCGGAUGGCUCGGGUCGACACCAUCACGCUGUCCUACACCUUCUUCGAAGCGAAGGAGGGCCAGCAGCUGCCUCUGCCCGGGUACAGUUAUAACUGAGCCCAAUGCGGAGAUGUCCACCGGAGGAACCGAAGGCCGGAAAGAGACUCGUCAUGUUCGUUCUCCGAGCAAAUAAUCCUCUGCCUUCUGAUCGACCCUCCACGAUAAUCCGAAUGCAAUCAUGUUCAGGCAAAAACGCGCCGUUCCUCCAGACAGUCCAAGAAUUUUCUGCGCGCAUUGCUCUGAAUGUCAAAUUAAGAAGAAGAGUUAUGGGUUGCGGUGAUCCUCGUCCGGUCCUUUGGAUGCCUUAAAAUGACAAGCAAGAAGCAGCAGAACUUGAAACACGCUAAAAGUUCAGACUCAACAAAAUAUUUCUGGUGCUGCUAAAAGACUGGAAGUUUAAAGCCGUCGAGAUGGAGCUUUACGCGAAUAUUUAUUUUCAGUCACCUGUCAGGAAGCGGAUCAAUAAAUCCUGAUUUGCGCUUCCUCCCGAAACAUACACCUGUGUUUCCUGUGUGUUUUCCACCCGAUUCCUGCUGGUUUUUCCAUGCAACCGCCUCAGAGACAUCCAGCAACUCCAAUCUGCAGAACGAACGCACUCCUCCUGGGGAAAAAUAGAAAUGUCUCGAUCUGCACAUAUGCAUCACGUCUGUCUAUGUUUGGUUUUUCUUUUGCUUUUUAUUUGGUUUUAUUGGGUCUUCUCACAAGUGGGGUUCCUAUGUAUGCAGAAUAUUCUUUUGAAAUUCACAUAAAAAAAAAAACCUAAAACGAGAGGAUCUUCAGAUAAAAACAAAAAAGUAUAAACAAAUGGUAGGACCAUAAAGACGUGUUCUGUUAUUAAAAAUAUAUGAAUCUUUCA